CAGAAGCUUCCCUGCUGUGAACAGAGUUUUUGAGGUUUUGCAAGAGUGAUGGGUCUCCGUGUUAAGUGACUGGGACGGAGUCUAAGCUCAGUCACUACAGCGAAUGCUCCGCAAUGAAACCUCAUCCUCAGACCAAGCCCCCUUCCCUUCCCACGCCUUCUACAUGUAGCAUGCCAGGUGAGACGCAGCAGCCAAAAGCCUGGAACUGGCAUUUGGACCCCGAGCUGUGGGCAAGAUCAGUUCGACAACAGUUGAAUACCUGCCUCCGCUUUCUUGUGGAAGAGAGGAAGGUCUCUUCGUCUCCUGAUAAGGCAUCAUCUGAUACCCUUGAGUUUGGGCUCACUGGAUGUAGCUGCAGCAGCCAAGGACACUCCUGGGACUGUCAGAAGCAACAGGAGCUCCUGAAGGCGGUGGUUAAAUCAGAGCAACGGGCAUCGCUGGAGCUGCUGCUCUCUGAGCUUCGGUCUCUGUUGUCAGCUGUGCUGCGGGAUGGCAGCUGUGAAGCUUGGCGCUAUCUGCACGCAGUACUGGGCUUGUUGCCUCCAUACCGUGAGAUGCUAGCUGGUCAACUCGAUUUGCUCCCCUUCCUGGAGCAGCUGUACUGCUGGGCACCCAAGGUCCAGUCCCAACUCCACUUAGACCUGCUAGAUGCUAUAGACAAGGCUUUUCCCCCAGACAGCUCUUUGUUACAGAGUUCCUCCCAUGUUGACUGCCGUCCCCGGAGGAAGAGUUCUCACCGAGGGCCCCCAUGCUCAGUAUGCCCUUUUGUGAAGGCCCGCUGGGGUGGGCAACAAAAAAAGGAAUUGGCCACGUGGCUACAACCACUGACACUGCCUGAGCUACAGCGCUGCCUGGGCAUUGUUGGUGCUGAGGUGGCCCUAGAAGAGACCCAGUGGCUGGAUAGUCUCAGUCUCUUGCCCUUGGCACUGGCAACAGACAUCCCUGUAGAGUAUGAAAGCAGAGAUACUGAUCACGAAGGGGAGCCUGCUGGGAGAAAGUUUCAGCUUGCCUCUGAAGCUCCUGAGGAAAAGACCUUUGAGAAGAAACAUUCUAGGACUUCCUUCUUGAGAAGUCAGGUGAAAUCCCUUCUGAAGACAGACCAGUCCCAGAAGAAGAUCCAUUUCCUUUAUCUCAACGUGGCUCCUGAUCGGCACUUUAAGCCUUACAACCUGGUGGUGGUGCCACCAAACAAGGUGAAUCCAGAACACUACAUCUUUUCUCCCUUUGGGGUCCUGCAUGUACAUCCUGUGGAGGGCAGUGAAGCAAUGACACUGGGUACUUGGCACCGCAACACUACCGUCUGGCACGAACUCCAGCACAUUCCAUUCUUUAAGAAUUGCCUCUUACAAAAGGCUUUGACCUGUUGGAAGAAGAAUGUGAGGGUGUACAGGCUGCAUCGGAUCCAGACCUUCCUGAAGAACCAUCUGCUCUUGGCUGUUCCUCACUUUGGAGCUGGGAUACUCCACAUCAGCAGGCUUCUUCAGGAGUUUCGUACUGUGUCCUGGCUACCCAAGGAGCCAGAUACGUGCUAUGAGCUGCUGGACUUUCAGAAGAUCAUAGCCAAAGAGCACCAGAAGGCUCUGCAGUUCCUCUGUCGCUUUCUGAAUCUCUGCACAUCCAUUCUUCAACUGAUUCAUGAAGACACAUACCAAAUGCAACAGGGACUCCAGGAGCGACUGCAAAACUGGAACCGCAUCAGGAAAGGCCAGGGCUCCAUAUAUCUUCAGAGGGUGCUGUGCAAGCAUCUGGAGAAGAAGCUGAAGCAAGCGGAAACAUGGCUGAUGAAGCUGGGAAAAUUUGCCCGCCUGAUUGACUACAUGAUUUGUCAGAAUCUCAUUUCCAUCUUAGAAGAUGAGAUAACUUCCUUCGUUGCCAACACUUUUGAAGCCCCAAGGCAAAACCCCUUUCUCUUAUCACGGCUGGCCUUUGAUGACAACAGCCAUUUGUCUCCUAUGCCCUCUGUGGAAGCUAUAAUCCAGAGCCUCACUAAGAACCUGCAGUCUAUCAAGACCUCCGCCUUAAAGGUAGUGCAAUCUACAGACCUGAGGACCUCCAGAGAACCCCUGUAUUCUGAAGACGAUAAAGACCAGUACUCAGAUGCGGAAUUCCUGAUGCCCUAUGUCCGUGGAAAGCCCAGCGAUGCUGUUCGCCUCUUCUGUGGCCCAAAUGUAGGAUUUGUGUGGCCUUGGAAGUCUCAUGCAAUUACUGAUGUCCUGGAAGUCCGUGGGCACCGGCUACGGGGUCAGUAUUUGCACCCCAAUUAUAGUCAUGUGCAACAGGACUUGGACAACAAUGCUAGAAUCCAGCAGGCGCUGGCUGUACAGAAGGCACUCCUGGAGGACAUGCUGCAGGAGGUACAGGAAUUCUGCAAAGAACAACAAUGGGUAGAAAACGUAUAUAAGUUCCUGAAAGCCUGGGGUCCUCAGAAGCUAGAGAACCUGAGAGGCUCACCCAUCAAAGACUAUAUAGUGCUGGUAAGGCAGCUGAAAGAUUGGCAGGAACGUGUGUCCAAUAUGCCUGUCCAGUUGCUGACAAAAGGCAAGUUGCUGCUUCUGAGUGGCCGUGAGGUUCAAGCAGAGCUGGAAUCCAAAUUAAACAGCACAAGGAAGAACAUUCUCGAUCAGGUGCAAAGUGAAUGCUGGAGCCGUAAUCAGCAGCUGAUAGCAGAGCUGACAGACUUCUUGCUGGGCUUCCGAACCAUCAACUCAGACAUUCAUGCCGUUGCACAGUGCUCCCAAAAAUUGCAUGAAGCCAGUGAGCAAUACAGCCAGCUGGAGGAGCGAGUGGAAUAUGUCCGGUCACUCCAUGACCUCAUCCGCAACCACUAUGGCCUUUUCAUCGCUGAGAAUGAGACGCUAGACAUCUCGCUUCUGGAUGCAUGGGAGGCAUUUCAGUUCGAGAGAAGCCAGGCUUCAGAGUUCCUGCUCAGCAAGCAACAUGCCAUUAUGCCCAAGCUGCAGCAGCUAAUGGCAGCAGCGUUGGCAGAGCUAGAAGGCCUGCUGGAGGAGGCAGUGUCUGGUCCCUUCAUGGAUCCUUCACAAGAACAGAGGAGCACUGAGCACAAGCUUGCUGCCUUGGAGCAUCAGUUCCUGAAUACACUCAACAACUUCAACGACCUGUGCUUUUCUUACAAAACCUUCACGGGGGAGGAGAGUACGAUGUCUCCGCCCGCUUCUGGGAGCCGGCCUAUAGUACAGCAGCAGCGCAUCUGGCGCCUCUACCGAAUCAUCUUUGAAAACUUCAGCGAGUGGAAGUGCAUGGCUUUUACCAAGUUCAGCCUUCCUAUGGCCUGGGAGAAGACAAGUACCUGGCUGACAGAGGCUGUGCGGCUCAGCACAACCCUGGGGCUGCACAGUCCAGUGCUACAACGCUGCAUGCGCAUGCUAGAGGAGUUUCGAAACUACCUGCCCUUGCUUACCAAGCUGGGCAGCCUCCACCUGGAGAACUUUCAUUGCCAAUCCCUCUUGAGAGUGUUAGGGCUGGGUGGUCUCCAAAGCCUGGACUUCCUCACACUGGGCCAGCUGCUCCACUGUCCACUGCUGGAAUUUGCAGAUCGAAUCAAUCAGGUCUGGCAGUAUGACAAAGAACAAAUUCAUGCCCAAGAGAGCCUGCAGCAGAUGCAGCAGUACUGGGAGGGGCGCCAGCUGCGGCUGCUCAACUUCAUCCUGCAUGUGCCCUACAAGCCCCCAGCCCCAGAGCGGUCCAAGAGGCAGACGUUCCGGAGCCCGCGGUGGGAGUUGGUGGGCAAAGACAGUGGCACCUUCCUUCUCUCAGACUACAGCAGCCUGCAAAAUGCCAUCCAGAACAGUCUCCAGGCACUAUUCAAGAUCUUAGCCAUCCAAAAAUCAGGAGAGUUGCAUAAGACAGCUUUAGAGUGGGUGACUAUGAUGUAUGGCCUGGGUGCCCUGCUGGAGGUGUGGGUGGCUUUCCAGCAGAAGUGGAUUUUUCUGAAUAAAGUUCUCCAUGAGAUGAAGAUCCAGUUUCCUAGUGCUGAGAUGAACGCCCGUUUCAAGGUCAUGGAUGAUCAGUAUCGGACGCUAAUGCGCAUCUCUGUAGCUGACCCAAUGGUUCUGUCACUUAUAGUGCCCAAUGCCAAGAGGAGCCCAUACUUCCAAGGCCACCAUCUACAGCAACUCCUGAAAGCAGGAUCCACGGAGCUGGAGGCCAUCAUCAUGGCUUUGGAGGAUGUCCUCUAUGGAGUAUGUGCCCACUUCCCCCGCCUUUUCUUCCUCAGUGACAGUGAACUGGUGGCCCUGCUGGCUGCCCCUCUAGAGACCUGUGAUGCCCAGCCAUGGGCACAGCGCUGCUUUCCUCAAGUUAAAGCUGUGAGCUUCAAGUCCAACCCAAUUGAUGAGAAAAACACUAAUAACCAGGAUUCAAGAUCAAGUACAGAGGCUCCUGUGGAUACGGUUGCUGUGCUAGGGCCAUGUGGAGAGAAAGUGAAGCUUCAGGGGCCCCUUCCUCUACAUCCAGAUCUUCCAAAGUGGCUAGCCUCUUUGGAGAAGUGUCUGCGUUUUGUAAUAGUGAACCUGCUGCAGGGCUGUGUGGCCACCCGCCUUGCUCAAGGCCCUUCCCUAGUUAAAACACUGAAGACAAUGCCUCAGCAAAAACAGGUGCCCAUGCAACUAUAUGUCCGGCACUGGCUAGAUGCAAUCCAGGUUUUUCCAUGGCAGUGCAUACUGGUGGCAGAGCAGAUAGUGUGGCGGGCUGAGAUGGAGGAGGCUCUGCUUGAGUGGGGGACCAUGCACAUGACUUCCAUCCACGCACACAAGCUUGAGGUAUUGGUGCAAUUUAUACAAGCUCAGAGGAACUCCCAGGGUGAGCAACCUCUGCCUUCUGUUCGCCAGACAAGACUAUUCAGUGCCCUGUUGGUCAUGGCAAUGACUCACAGGGAUAUAGCACAACUCCUGGAGAAGAACAAGGUCAGCAGCCUCACAGACUUCCACUGGGCCCGCCAACUGAAGUAUCACCUGGGCUCAUCUCACCUGAACCCCAAAAAUCCCCUGCAGUGUCUUAAGACGACUGCAUCUGCUGAGCCCUCUGUGUCACCAGCUGCAUGCUGGGUAGAUGUGCUGGGCCGGUCCUUCAUAUACAAUUAUGAGUACCUGGGGCCCAAACAGGGGCCUCUACCAAGCUUGAUGCAUGAGCGGCAAGUGUUGGUUCUCUUAUUGGCCCUGGAGGAAGUCGCCUGUGGGACCCUAGUGGGCCGGGAUGGUUUGGGCAAGACAGAAACCGUGAGUAGCCUAGCAUGGGCCCUGGGCCGCCAGCUGGUAAUGAUGCCCUGCUUGCCCCAGAUAGAGUUCCGGUGUCUGAGCAAUUACCUGAAUGGUGCCCUUCAGAGUGGGGCCUGGCUGCUGUUGGAGGACGCUCACCACCUGCCUCCUACCUUGCUCUCUGCCCUGGGCCAGCGUCUGGAUGAACUGCACCAUCUUUAUGUUCCACUGUACCAGAAAGCCUCUAAAAACAUAAGUACCAUAAACCCUACUAACCCCCUAUUCCUUGGUGCUGGUUUCUUUGAGAAGCAUCAUGUGUCUGUGUGUCUUGGCUAUGGCUGUUUCCUGACAUUCCAUGCCCUGAGUACUGAUAUACCUGCUAAUCUACACCUGCUACUGCGUCCUGUGGCAUUGUCACUACCUGACCUGCAGCGAGUGGCAGAGCUGAACCUGCUGGGAGCAGGGGUGCGGGAUGCCUCCCGCAUGGCUACUCGCCUAUCCAAACUAUUCUCCCUAGAGCGUGAGCUGGUGUCUGGGACUUUGCCCUGCCGCUUGCCGCUGCUCAAACAGAUCCUAGAAGACACCAUACAGACACUAAAUGUACCUGAGGAAGAAAACAAGUCUCAGGCGCCCCACAACCUAGCUUCCCCUGAGGAGGCUGCCCUACUGCGUGCCCUGUUGCACUCACCACUGUUCAGCAUUCUUGAUGGAUUCCGCCUGCAAAAGCUCCGAGAGCUGCUCUGUGGGAUUUUCCCUAAUGCUAGCCAUGUGAUGGCAGAGCCUAUGACUCAUAGACUGAUGAAGUCAGUCGUGGUGGAAGAACUUCAGCAAGUAGGCCUGCUUCCCACCCCUAACACACUGAUGUCUCUGGAGCACCUCAGUCAGGCCCUGAGGCGAGCCUCUGGCAUUUUGCUCCUGGGCCCUGCAGGCAGUGGCAAGAGUACUUGCUGGAAGAGCUUAUUUAAGAUUCAGAAUCGACUGGCAGCCAUGGAACAAACCUCAAACCAGGGCUUCCAAUUUGUGGAAAUUGUCCACCUAUAUCCUAGUGUUCUCAGCUCUCAAGAAUUCCUAGGGUGGUCAGAAGGUCCCUCCUGGCACUAUGGCAUCCUUCCCAAGCUCCUUCAUGCUGCCCCUCACGGUAAGAGUGUGGUCUCAGAAGGGCAGUCAGAAGAAUUCACCGGGAUCCAACAAUGGAUCGUAUGCGAUGGUGCCCCUAGCCCUGCGUGGUUAGACUCUAUCACUUUCUUCCUGAGUGACCCUCCCCAGCUGAGUCUCCCAAAUGGUCAACAGAUAGCACGACCCCUGAAUACCUUUCUCUUGAUGGAGGUGGCAGAGGCGGCAGGCAUCUCUCCUACGGUGGUAGGCCGGUGUGCUCUAGUCUGGUGUUGUGGGGAACAGACUUGGCAGUGCAUUCUUAAUGUUUUGAUGGCAUCUCUGCCCAAUGAAUACCACCUUCAGCAAGAGACGGCCAUUGAGCUCAACCAUUUAGCUGAAGUGCUGGUGCCAGCAGUGUUGCGAUUCCUGACCCGUGUAGGUGCCAGCUCUGUACUACAGGUGCAUGGGCAUCAGGCUGCUUGCCCAGGUGUGGCAGAAGUCACCAGCCUGGCCCGCAUCUUGCGUGCUCUACUCGACCCCCAUCUACGCUUAUAUGAGGAGGAGAAGCCACACACUCAAGAGGACUUUGGUGGCAGCGAACUUGAGACCCAGAACUUCAAAUCUUCAAAAAGCAGGGCCCAGUCUGUCAGUGACGAUGUGAAUAAGAAGCAGAGGAGACAUUUGCUGGCUAUCAGCAGCUUUCUCUUUGCCACAAUCUGGGGCUUUGGAGCCCACCUUCCCUCCAGGCACUGGCUUCUCUUUGAUAACUUCAUGAGGAAUUCUAUUAGUUCCCUGCCCAACUACCCUGAGCUACCUCCUUCAGCCUUGGUGUUUGAUCUACAUGUGAACCUUGAAGAUGGAACACUGGUCCCCUUCUCUGGCCAGUACCUUAGCAGCCAUGUCAAAGGAAGUCUGGGAACUUUCCAGCCCUCUUCCCAGACAGAACGGCUUUUGUAUGUGGUGGACCUGCUUCUAGCAAAUGGACAUCCAGUGCUGCUUGCUGGAGAGAUCGCAGCAGGGAAGACAGCUUUUGUGGAGGCGCUGGUGGAGCCAAACCACCCUUCCAUCCACAGCCCCAUUCACUCUGCAUUAAGCUCUACCCACCUUCGUCACUUGCUGAGCAGAGGGGUCCAUGGCCAAACACAAGCCAGCUCAUAUCCUGGGUAUCACCAGGACUCCAAAAGCUCUCUCCUUUUCCUGAUGGAAGAUCUGCACCUGGCUGCUUCUGACCCAGAGAAGAGCUGCCAGCCAGUGCUGGAGACUCUGCGCCAAGCAAUGGAAGGUACCAUCUAUGCCCACAAUACUUUGGAAUUACAGACUCUGCAGCCUACAGUCAACUUCCUUGCCACUGCUACAGUGCCAGGCUACUCUGAGCGCCCACUCUGUCCACGUCUCUUCCGACUCUUCACAGUGCUGGCCCUGGACAGCAUCACCAAGGACACCCUUUUGAGCAGGCAUGUACCUAGUAUCCAAGCCUGGCUUGAGCGCUUCCCCACUUUGGAGCAGGAACACACUCUGGCAAGAGCCCUCGUCAGGGCUUCAGUGGAGGCCUGGGAAGCUGUGUGUAACUGCUUCAUGCCUUCACCUCUCCAUCCACACUACCGCUUUUCCCCACAUUCUGUAAGCCACAUUCUAGGAAGCCUGCAGCUGCUGCCUACCAGAAUGGGCUCGCGAGGUUUUAUAGAUUAUUUCCGUCACCAGGAGCACCUGCGCCGGGUGUCCGGCUUGCGUGGAAGUCGCCUGACUGUCAUGAUGUCUAUACGCGUCAUGGUGCGCCUUUGGUUGCAUGAGGCACAAAGAACAUUUUGUGACCGGCUGGACAGUGAUAGGGAAUGUUCCCAUUGUGCUAAGCUGCUUCUAGAAGUAGCGCAGAAUGUCUUCUGUUCUGGACGAGAGUCUCAGCCCAUAGUCAAGGACUAUGAGGAGGAGGUGGAGGACGAGAAAGUGCCCGAAGUAGAAUCUGAAGGGGAAAUAGCCCAGUGGGAGGACUUAAGCAACAGUGACAGCAGAUCAGAGGAUGAAGAGGAUCCCUAUGGCCUUCAAGCUACCACAGGCUCCUUACUCAGUGAGAGCAGCCUAGCACCAUUCCCCGUAAAACUGGUAAACAAGGAAAACACAGAAAGUGUAACUCAGGUGGCCGAGCAGGAGGAAGAAUUAAGGGAUUCCAGUGGUAAGCUCCAGUCAGAGACACCCAAGAGUGAGUGGCAGACGGCACCCCAGAGGGACUUCAUGUUACCCUUGUUGCUUCCGGUCCUAUUGCUCUAUCCCCAGGAGAAGCCGUCAGACCUAGUGUUCAGUCUGGAGCUUACAAUUGGAUCUAACUUUGAGAGUCCCAACUUGUACUUGGAACGGCAGUGGGAAAACCUAGGAAAGCAGCUGGCUGCCUCAGCUGUUCGGCUGAAGUUGAAUCCCCACCUUGCCCAAUGCCACAUGAUAGUCCAGCAUGUGACCCGCCUGGUCCGAGUUCUGGCUAGGCCCCGGCAGCAUGGCCUACUGCUCUCAGAAUCUCGGGGGAUUGGGCGCAAUACAGCCAUCAUCCUGGCUUGUAGAAUUUUUCAGGCUCGCCUCUUUCGUUUGCCACCUAAGUCAGAGGAAGCUAUUUUCCAGUGUCUUCGAGAUGCCAGCUGGCAUGCUGGUGUGUUAAACCAGCCAGUGGCUCUUCUGGUGUCUGAGGGUGUGAAUGUUGCUAUGUUUCACCGACUGCUGGCCCUGGCGACCUCAGGCAGCUUCCCUGACCAGUACACAGAAGCAGAGCUGGAUCACCUUGAAGAGCAUCUCCCUAAGGACAACCUUGUGGGCAGAUACUUCAAUAAGAGGGAUGCAAUGUUGCACAGGUUCUGCCAGCAAGUGUGUAGCAACCUUCACAUGUUCUUCUUGAUGGGAGAUGGCCAAGCCCAAAAACAGCUGCCCUCUACCCUUCUCCUGAGGCUCCUACAAUUGACCACUGCCAGUGUUGACCGCUAUGAACCCUGGGACCAAGCUUCUCUGGUCAGGAUUGCCCAGCACUACCUGGAGGAUGUUGAGAGUCUCCCUCAUGAUGAUGGCUCCUUGAAGUGUCCAGAUUUCAAGGCCUCAAUUCCCAACAUAGCCAAAACCAUGGCUCUCAUCCAUCUUUCAUCUGCCUGUUACCAUCAGCAUGUGUGCCCUGCGUUGCCACUUGUCACCCCCAAGAUCUUUCUGGAAUUGUUGGAUACGUUUCUGCUGCUGAAGCAGCAGAUGAUUCUGCAGAUGAGGAUGAGGGCCCAGCGCUUCCACUCUGCCCUGAAGAGACUGAGGAUGCUGGUUGAGAGGCACAGCACCCAGAGUAACCUGCUCACUGACUUGGAAAAGCAGCUAAAAGGCUCCCAUAAAAAUGUUGGCAUGUAUCAAAGCCAGCUGGAAGAAAGCAAGUUACUAUACAAGCAGAAGAUGGCAGAAUGCAAACAGCAGGAGAGCCUCAUUGAGAAUCUGGUCAGACAGAGAGAUGCCCUACAGGCUCAACAGGAGACUUUCCUGGGGCAGAUGGGCAAGGCAUUUCUAGGUCCAUUGAGGCAGCUGCAGGUGGCUGACUUUGAGGAGAUAAGGAGCUACCGAGCCCCACCAGAAUCUGUAGUCCAGGUGACGGAUGCGUUGUGUGACCUGUUCCACCAUGAUACGGGCUGGGCCAGUGCCAAGCAGCUGUUAUGUACUGAAGAUUUUUAUCAGGAGCUGGUAUUCUUCCCCAAGGAGAAGCUGACGGACGCAGAGCUGAUAAAGUUAAACCAAGCUCUGAAGGCUCCAGGUAUGAGCGAUGCAGCCUUGAGGUCAGUAAGCAUCCCUGCAGCAAACCUGGCAGUCUGGCUCUGGGCUGUUCUGCGCUACGGGCUAGCACAACGCCGGGGAUUGCCCACUGGCCUGCUGCUGCGGCAGGUGGAUGCAACUCUGGCUCGGGAGCAGGCCCGCCUGGGCCAGUUCCAGUUUCAGGCCAACGAUUUGCUAGAGCAAACUUUGUCUCUGACUAAGAAGCUAGAAGAAGCCCAAGUCUCUUAUGGCCUCGUCAUGGAGACCCUCAAUCAGGCACAAUGUGGACACUAUCACAAAUGGACCAUGAAGUCUGCACUGCUCACACCCAUACACAUGUGGACCAAUCAGCUGCAGAAGUUGAAGACUCACUGCAGUACUGUAUUUGGAGAUGCCCUCUUGUGCUCAGCUGCCAUUGUCUAUCUGGGUCCCUUCCCACCACAGCGGCGCCAAGAACUGCUGGAAAAGUGGCUGUCUCUGUGUCAGGGCUUUGAGGAAGCCCUAUACCCAGACGAUGUGGCACAAGCACUGAGGCAGAAAUCUGUUGGGGUACCACCAAAGAGCCCUCUGCUGCCCACAUCCACUCCCUUUAGGAUUAGGACCUUGCUGAGCUGUAGAUUAGAACAGCAACAGUGGGAUCGAGACCUGAAGCCCCAAGCGAGGUCUGCCCGCUUCAUAGGCCUGCUGCUGCGAAGCCACAUCAACUACAACAGUUGUCGUUGGCCUCUGCUACUUGACCCCAACAACCAAGCCCUCAUCUGGUUGAGCCCACUACCUCCAAAACAGAACAAGUUGUUGGCACCACCUUCCAAAUUGAGAAGAGCAAAGUACCAUGUGACAAACCAAGACAGUGAUGAUGAAACAGAAGACGAACUGGAAGAUGAUAAUGAAGAUGGAGAUGAGGCCAGUGACCAAACCAAAGAGCAGAAGACAGAGGAAAACAAGGGUGAGGAGGAGAAGCAGAAGGAGCAAGAGGGGGAAGAAACAGAGAACAAGAGCGAGAAAGGGAACUCCAGCUCAAGCCAAGACUCUGGGACCCGGUCUCCGCCCCGCUGCCUCACUGUGCUCUCAGGCGGAGACCCAGAGUUGGGUCCUCAACUCCUGGAGGCAGCUGCCAACGGCCUGCCUGUGCUCUUGACCAAUAUGGAGCUGAGCCUAGGGUGCCAAGAACUCCAAUGGCUGCUGUCAAGGGAAAAUCUGAGUCCACCCCGUGUGCAGCCUGGCUUUUGUCUCUAUCUGAGUACUACCUUUCCCAUCCAUGCUUUGGAACAAGUACUAGGUUGUGAAUUGCUGAAAGCAUUGAAUGUCCUGGAUCUGGGUCUGAACAUGGAAAUACUAGAAGAACAGAUGCUGCAUGAAAUCCUGUGCAGAGAGCGCCCCGAGUUUGAGAUGCGCUGGCAGGACCUCAAAAACAGAGCAGUGGAUACCUAUGAAGCGGUGAAGGCUGCUGAGGAACAGCUGCUGAUGGUACUGCUAUGCCAGAACACAAAGCAUCACAAGCCAUCCAAGUUUCUGAGGGAAAUGGUGAGGAUUCAGGCAAAGCUGUGUCAGCUGAAUGCACAGAUGGAGGAGCUGGAAGAGCAGAAGCUGGAGGAGAUGAUUUUGUGGGCACCCUACCGGAAGGUAGCUUGUCAGGGAAUGGCUGUGGUAGAGGCUCUAAGCCCACUCCAGAACCUACUGCCGUUUUUCUGUAUGAAUUCAGAGAGUUGGUUGGCAGCUACAAGGCGAGCGCUGGACAACAUGAAGCCACAUGAUAGUUAUCACGGAGAGCACUUGGCUAGCCAUCUGUUGAAGCUGAAAGUAUACCUCACCCGCCAGCUUCUGAGCAGCACUGUGGCUGCCCUAGGCUUGGCCCAAGUGCCCUUGGUGAGUGCCUUGGGUGCUUUGGCCCUGCUGCAAGUGACAAAGAAGACACCAAAGCUAGAGAGGUUGGCACUGUGGCCUGGACUAUCAGCCUCUCCCAGCACAAGCUACAACACACAGGUCCCUGGUGUGGUUAGGCCAGCCUGGCUAGGCUUAAGAGCCUGGCAAGAAUGUGGAGCAUUGGAGCAGCUGUCCCCAUUUGCUGGGCUUCGUGCAUCCCUGGCAGGCCACUCCAGUGUGUGGCAGGAUUACCUAUCACUGUCAUCCACUGUGCUGGGUCCUGCACCUGGUCCUAAUUCUGAGCCACUUAGCCUCUUCCAGAAGCUGAUCCUGUGGCGUGUACUGAGACCAGAUUGCUUGGCUGGUGCCCUAGCACACCUCACUGCCAGCCUACUAGGUCGACCCCUAGAUGAAGACUUGGUUGCCCCCACCUUGAUCUUUGAACAUAGUCAGGCCACUCAGCCCAUAAUGAUCUUGCUGCCACCACCUGGCCUCUCUACAGCCAUCACGCAUCCUGUGACUGCCAUCCGGAAACUGGCUGCCAACCAUGAAAAGAAGCAUCUGCACGUGAUAGCACUGGGCUCUAAAGAUUGGGAUCCUGUGUCAGCUAUAGUCAAGACUCUACACAAGGCAAUGCUCCAGGGGCACUGGCUGGUGCUGGAUAACUGUCAUUUGAUGCCCUAUUGGCCAAAAGAGCUGUUACAGCCAUUGCUGGGACUGGUGGAUAGAGCCAAGGUGAUCUCAGACCUGGAACUGUUAGACAUAAUGGAAAGUGAACUGUCAGCCAAACCAGAAAGCUCCUCGGAACUGUUAGCCAAACUGCAAAGCCAUUCGGAAUUGUUAACCAAACCGGAAAACAGUGAUGUGGUCACUGUCCACAGUGAUUUCCGUCUUUGGCUGAUUGUGUCCAGUGAGGCCAGUGCUUCCUUUCCAGCGAUGCUGACCCAGCACUCCAAACUUGUUUCCUGGGGCCAGUCCUUAGAACUGGGCCGUAUCUUGAUCGACAGCAUGGACUCCCAGCAAAGAGUCUGCACACAACCCCUCACCGAGACGCUGCCCUUGUUCUUCCUGCAUGGUCUCCUACUACACCGGCAGCUCUAUGGGUUAAAGCUGCAAGCACACAGGGGGCACUGGAGUCAAGUGACCUUGACCAAAGUUCUUCAGACUCAAGAGAAGCUGUGGGCCAGUCUCAGCAACCCAAAUGCUGCCUUGCUGGAGCUGGCCGCUUCAGUGUUCUACGGAGGUUCCUUGUGGGACCCAAAGGACAGAGAGGCCCUGGCUAGCCUGACACAAGCCUGCCUGAAUCCCAGGAGCAUGAACUCGGUCCAGCCAAACACACCUCAGUAUCUACUGGCCACUCUGAUGCCCAGCCCAGAGCUAGGGGAGCUGGAUGCCAUGACAGAGUGCAAGGCCCGGAUGCACCUGCUACCCACAUCAGCAGAACCUCGCAUCUGCGGACUAAAUGAAGGGCCCAAGGCCUGGCUGUUGAGACGACAAAGCCGUGUUCUCCUGAAUGUGCUGCAGCAGUGCUCACUAGCGUGGGUUCCUUCACUUCACGUAGGAAUCGCCCAGCGCAAAGAAAGGCGACUUCGGCAACGCCUGGUGCAAGCCAAGAAGAGGCUGGUGGCACUUCAGGCUUUGCUAACCAACCGUUCUUGCUCAGGCCAGUGUGGCACCCCCUGGGCGGUGCUGGGGCCCAACGCCCGGCCACCUGUGGAGGGCUUCUUAGAGACAGAGGUGCUGGAACUGAGGCAGCUGGUGGGCAUACUGCAGCGCGACCUUGACUGCCUACUGCAGCAGCUGAGGGGAGAGACCCCGUGCGCUUCCAGCCGCUGUGUGGCCGUGGCCCAAGCUCUUUGGGCUGGUCGCCUACCUCGACCUUGGAGAUCUCAUGCGCCUGCUGGUCCACAGCUGCCCUGGCAGUGGCUGAGACAACUGUCCCGCCGUGGGCACCUGUUGAUUCGCUACCUGGACAGUGGCACGAGUGAAAAUGCCAGUGAACCAGAGCGCAUCUUUCACCUGUCAGCUUUCCGCCAUCCCCGGCGCCUGUUUCUAGCACUGCGUUGGGAAGCUGUCCUGGAGCACUUGGGAUCCAACCUUCCUGGUAACCCAGGCCCUGGCUCCGGCAGUUUCCAAGCUAAACGUCGUGAGCUCCACAAGCGCCCUCUGCAUAUCUGGGUGGAGAACAGCCCCAAUCCUAAGGUUCCAGAAAUGGGAUUGCUGCUGAUCGGGUUACAACUCCAGCACGCUGAGUGGGACCAGACAGACGGGGCCUUGCAGGACACCUUUUCCAGCCAACCCAGCCCUCUGCCUCCUGUCAGCGUCAGCACACAAGCCCAGGGUGCCAGGGAGAAACCAGUCCCAGCUGUCCUGGGCAUGUACUCCUGUCCUGUAUACAUGACUGGGCCCCUUGGCACCACCAAGCUGCACAGCAAGAACAUCCUGAUGCACCUGCCACUACCCACAAAGCUCAGCCCUGACAUCUGUAUCCAACGGAGAGUCCAUGUGUGCAGCCCAACCUUAACCUGAGCCCCCACCUAAAUAAAACUGUGGUGAUGUCAGGGAUGCCGUCUGGGAUUUGGAAGACAAUUGGAGUAUGUGCAAAAUAAAUGUGGUAC